CUCACUCCUGUAAUAAUACUGUUCUAUCAAAUUACCUCCAGAAUAGAAAACGACAAACCAAGACAUGGCAGAUGUUGUCGUGCUCUCUACAAGCAUAGUUCGACCCGACAGAGCAGAUUCAGAACCGGUUAAGAUCCAUCUAACUCCAUGGGAUCUCUUCUUCCUCCGAUCAGAAUACCCACAAAGAGGUCUCCUCUUCCCAAAACCCGACCCGGAAACCGAUAUUAUCCCCCAACUCAAAUCCUCUCUCUCCCUUGCGUUGACCAUCUUCUACCCAUUCGCGGGCAGACUAGUCAAGACCGAGAACGAAAACGACGAAACGGCGUCGUUCCUUGUAAACUGCGAUGGUUCAGGUGUCAAAUUCAUCCACGCGUCAGCUAAAACCGUCUCGGUUAAUGAUAUUCUAAAACCGGUCAACGGUAUCGUCCCCGAGUUCUUGAACCGUUUCUUUCCCGCUAACGGAGUUAAGAGCUGUGACGGUGAAUCGUUAAUAACGUUCCAAGUAACGGAGUUAAAAGACGGAGUCUUCAUCGCGUUCGGUUAUAACCAUAUGGUUGCGGAUGGAUCUUCCUUCUGGAGCUUCUUCAACACAUGGUCCGAGAUUUGCUUAACCGGAGUUAACCGGAAUAAAAAUUUAUCCCCGCCUCUGCUCCUCCGUGGCUGGUUUCUCGACGGGAUUGAUCAUCCGAUUCGAAUCCCGAUCUCGGAGACGGUACCACCGUCGUCUUCUCCGGUUGUUUCUUCGUCGUUGUUGCAAGAGAAGGUAAUCCGAUUCACGAGGAAGAACAUCUCCGAGCUCAAAUCGAAAGCUAACGGAGAGGUAAGCUCCGAUGAUCGGAGAAUCUCGUCGCUUCAAGCGGUUACAGCUCAUAUGUGGCGGUUCAUAAUCAGAAACAGUGAUUUGAAUCCGGAGGAAGUGGUUCACUGCAAGUUACUGAUGGAUAUGAGACGGAGACUAAACCCUCCGCUUGAUAAAGAGUGUUUUGGAAACGUCGUCGGAUUUGCUACGUGUACGACAACGGCUGGGGAGAUGGUUGGUAAUGGGCUGGGUUGGGCCGCGUUGGAGAUUAAUAAAACUGUUGGGCUGCAGACGGAUGAGGGAUUUAGAGUGUUCGCUGAGAGUUGGGUGAAGGAACCGAAGAUACCGGAUCAUGUGGGUGUGAGUAAUUCUGUGAUUGUGGCUAGCUCUCCUUGGUUUAAUGUAUAUGGUAAUGAUUUCGGUUGGGGUAAACCGAUUGCGGUUAGGGCUGGACCGGGUAAUACUAGCGAUGGGAAGCUUAUUGUUUAUCCGGGAAUUGAAGAAGGAAACAUUGAGAUUCAGACUUGUUUAUCUUCUAAUGUUUUGGAGAAAUUAUCGACUGAUCCUGAGUUUUUAGAGUAUGCGUGUGUUGUUUAAGUAAAAUAAUGGAAAUUAAAUGUAAUUCGCUUCUUGAAUAAAGGAAGAAAAGGUGUAUUGUGUUGUAUGUUUGUUUGUUUGUUUGUGUUGUUCGCUUCAAGAUUUAACCAAAUUUAUCAGUAGAAUUGAAAUCGUACCGG